AUGCAGCAGCCCACAGCUUUCUACGUGCCCGCGUCGUCGAAGCCGCAGUACAUGCCGCAGCCGCUCACCAGCCAGCUGGCCCAGCUGAGCAUCGCCGCCGCCGGCCCAGCUGAGCAGGUGAAGCAAGAGCUGGAGGCGGAGCCCAAGCGCUGCGCGGCGAAGAAGCAGCCCAAGCAGGACAGGCAGAGGAGGGAGAAGGCGGUGGCGGCCGAUCAGCAGAUUGUAUUUUACCUCAACGGCGAGAAGACCCAGGUCGACAACGUGGACGUGGCCACCACCCUCAACGACUAUCUCCGUGACAGACCCGACUACCAUGGCACCAAGUUCAUGUGCGGCGAGGGCGGCUGCGGCUCGUGUACGGUGGCGAUCGACAUGGCGGACGACACCGGGGCCACCAAGACCCUCGCCAUCAACUCGUGUCUCCGGCCUUUGGCCAGCUGCCACGGCCUCAACGUGACCACGAUCGAGGGACUCAACGGCGACGCCGAGACCAACCCCAUCUCCAAGAAGCUCGCCGAUUCCAACGGCAGCCAGUGCGGCUUCUGCAGCGUGGGCAUGGUGAUGAGCAUGUACUCGCUGCUCAAGGAGAAGCCCAAGCCAACGCAGCAAGAGGUGGAAGACCACUUCGACGGCAACUUGUGUCGCUGCACCGGCUACCGCCCGAUCCUCGACGCCAUGAAGUCCUUCGCCGGCGACGCCGCCUCGGCCGCGCCGGGCUCGCAGUGCAGCGCCGACAUCGAGGACCUCUGCCGUCGCACUGGAACGUGUGUGAAAAAGGCGGGCGAGGCUCCCAAGUCUGCGCUCCAGUUCCGCGACGCGCUCGGUAUGGCGUGGUACGCGCCGGCCACGCUCGACGCGCUUCUGCAGCUGCUCAAAAGUGCGCCUGCGGCCACCAAGAAGUUCGUCGUCGGCAACACCUCGAUCGGCGUGUACAAGGACCAGAAGCCCGACAUGUGGAUCUACAUCAGGGACAUUACAGAGCUCCAGAAAACGGAGAAGACGGCAGCUGGCCUGACGAUGGGCGGCGCGGUGACGGUGAGUCGGUUCAUGUCCUUCCUGGAGGAGACCGCCGCUGCGGACAAAUCCGUGCGCACCGCCUUCAUCCCCGUACUCCUCCGCCACCUGAAGCUCGUGGCGAGCCCGCAAGUGCGCAACGUGGGCAGCGUGUCGGGUAAUUUGAUGAUGGUGCACAACUGGGCCUUCACGUCCGAUAUCUGGACCAUCCUCAUGGCCGUGGGAGCCGAGCUGCGGCUGCUCGACAUCAACGGCAACUUCCAAAAUGUGCCGUUGUACGGAUUUGAGAAGGUGGACAUGACCAACAGGAUCAUCUACUCCAUCACCGUUCCGUGGGCGACCGUGCCGGGAGGCUUCGAUACGCACAAGACUAUGGUCCGUCACGUCAACUCGCACGCCAUCGUCAACGCUGGAUUCCGCGUGGAGCUCGACAGCAGCUAUCGCGUGACCAAGCUGCCCACCCUGGCCUACGGCGGCGUGCAGAAGUACCCGUGCCGCGCCGAAAAGGUGGAGGAGUUCUUGGUCGGACGCUCCUGGAGCGAUCCCGCCACGCUCAAGUAUGCGCUGGCUUUGCUGCAGACCUCGCUCGUGCCUACGAUCGACCCGACCGAAGGCCGCGUGGCCUACCGGUCCUCCCUCAUCCUCACCCUCUUCUACAAGUUCUACCUGGCCCAGCUCCCAGCCUCGUCGCUUCCUCCCCAACUCGAGUCGGCGAUGCACCACUUCGUUCGGCCGGUGAGCAGUGGCGAGCAGUCGUAUGGCACCGACCCGUCGGAGUACCCGAUCUCCCAGGCCAUUCCCAAGAUCGACGGCGUCGUCCAGACCAGCGGCAAGGCGGUGUAUGCCGACGACGUGACGCCGAACAACGCGGCCUACGCCGACUUUGUGCUGACCACGGUGGCGACCGGUGACAUCGUGUCUGUCGACCCGUCGGCCGCCCUUCAACUUCCCGGCGUCAUCGCCUGGAUCUCGGCCAAGGACAUCCAGCCCGAUCGCAACACCAUCACGACUGACCCGGUCCCGGUUGAGUGGCACGAGCCCGUGUUUGCUGACAAGAAGGUCAUCUACAACGGCCAGCCCAUCGGCUUGAUCGUGGCCGAGAGCUACAGAAGGGCGCGCGAGGCCGUGCAGCUGGUGAAGGUGACCUAUGACGUCAGCAAGGCGCCCAAGCCGGUCCUGUCGCUGGACGAGGCCAUCUCCCGCAACUCCUUCUUCCCGCCCUACCCGGGCACCACCCCCGUCGGCCCCUUCACCACGGGCGACCUCAGCAAGGGCUUCGCCCAGUCCAAGCACGUCCUCCAGAAUUCGGUCUCGGUCGGGUCGCAGUACCACUUCCACAUGGAGACGCAGAGCAGCGUGGCCAUUCCGGAGGAGGGCCAGGCGAUGAAGGUCAUCUCGUCGACCCAGUGGCCUUCUCUCAUGCAGAACCUCAUCUCGCGCGUCACCGGCGUCAACAGCUCCAAGAUCACCGUGGAAACGAGGCGCGUGGGCGGGGCCUACGGAGGCAAGAUCACCCGAUCGGCGAUGGUCGCCACGGCCGCCGCGGUGGCCUCGAAGAAGCUGAAGCGGCCCGUUAAGCUGUCGCUCGACAUCAACACCAACAUGGAGAUGGUCGGCAAGAGGCACCCGUUCCGAUGCGACUACAAGGUCGGGUUCGACGACAACGGCAAGAUCAAUGCCCUGCAGAUGACCCUGUACGCUGACGGCGGGUGCUCCUACGACUCGACGGCCGGCACCGUGGACAUGGCGCUCACGUCGGCCGACAACUGCUACUUCGUGCCCAACUACGCCAUCGAGGGCAAGCUCUGCUUCACCAACCUGCCCUCCAACACCCCGACCCGCGCUCCCGGUUGCGUGCCGGCGAUCUACUUCAUGGAGAGCGUGGUGGAGUCAGUGUCGGCCUAUCUGGGCCUCUCGCCCGACGUGGUGAAGCCCCUCAACUUCUACGCCAAGGGCCAGACCACCCCCUACGGGCAGCCCCUUCCCUACUUCAGCUUGGGCUCGCUUUGGAAUCAGCUGAAGGCCAGCUGCAACUAUGACGCCCGCAAGGCGCAGGUGCAGCUCUACAACAGCAACAACCGCUGGACCAAGCGCGGCAUCUCCCUCGUCCCCCUCAAAUACGGCAUCUCCUGGGCUGGAGCCAAGUAUGGUUGUCAGGUGAACAUCUACAUGGACGGUACGGUGGGCGUGGGCCACUCGGGCGUGGAGGUCGGCCAGGGCAUCAACACCAAGGUGGCCCAGUGCGUGGCCCACGAGCUCGGCAUUCCGCUCGACCUGAUCGCCAUCGACCCCACCAACAGCUUCAUCGCCACCAACGCCGACCCCACCGGCGGUUCCAUCACCUCUGGCCUCAACAGCAAGAUCGUGAUGGAGGCGUGCGACAUCCUGAACAAGCGGCUGGCGCCCCUGCGGACGCUGAUGCGGCAGGACAAGAGGGCCGAGCCCACCUGGCAGGAGCUGAUCACCAAGGCCUACGCCGCCGGCGUCGAGCUGAGGGCGCACGCCUGGAUCACCGCGCAGACGCCCAACCCAUUCGCCUACAACUCCUACGCCGUAGCCUGCACCGAAGUGCAAGUGGACAUUCUUACGGGCGCCACCGAGGUGCUGCAGACCGACAUUCUGUUCGACUGCGGCGUCAGCCUGAACCCCGACGUCGACAUCGGUCAAGUCGAGGGCGCCUUCAUCCAGGGCCUGGGCUACUUCCUCACCGAGUACAUCGAGUACGACCCCAGCGGCAAGCUGGUGACCAACGGCACGUGGGAGUAUAAGCCGCCCUCGCAGAAGGACAUCCCCAUUCGCUUCAACGUCGCGCUCCUCAAGGAUGCGCCCAAUCCUGUGGGCGUGAUGCGGUCCAAGGCUUCGGGCGAGCCGCCGUACUGUGUGGCGUGUUCAGUGUACUUUGCGGUCAAGCAGGCCCUCGCCAGCGCCAGGGCCGAGGUGGGCCAGAAGGGCGACUUUGCCCUGCCCGCCCCGGCCACCGUGUGGAAUGCCCAGCAGGCAGCCGGCGUCCAAAUCGAACAACUCUACUGGUGA